UGAUGAGCUGAUGGACGAGCCAGCAAAGCGUCACACAGACGCUAUCUUUACAGACAACUACAGCCGCUUCCGCAAACAGAUGGCUGUCAAGAAGUACCUGAACUCUGUCUUAUCAGGAAAGAGAAGCCUAGAAGAUCCUGUAACCAGCGAGGAGUCCAGGGAUGAACCCAAAACCUUCCAGGAGAGCUACGACGACAUAAACGUAGACCAUCUCCUAAACAACUAUCAGCUG